AUGAGUGAUCAAAAUCAAAAUAAUAAAACACCACCACUUUCAUUAUCAACAUCAUCUGCACCAUCAUCGCAAUCGAGGAUACCAUUACCGCCAUCUGGAAGAACACCUAACAGACGUGCAUCUCUGUCAAGUGGCACAGGAAAUAAUACCAUUUCAAAUGGAUUGCUUGUCAACACUCAAUUGUCAAACAGUGUAAAUAACAGUAGUAUAAGCAACACUACUACUACUACUAUUGGUGCUGGUGCUGGUGCAUCUACUACAUCUGCUUCUGUUAGUCAAAAAAAGAAUAGUACUAAUAAUACGACUGUAUCAACAACCACAACAACGACAUCAUCAUCGUCAUCGACCACAACUAAGAGAAGAGCUACAAUUAGUGCUGGAUCGUCAUCGUCAUCAAUCAAAUCCAAUACAUCAAACACCAGUCCGAGUAUUGCAGAGAUUCUUGCGAAUACUCCAGCCACUCCACUCCCACUUCCAACAACAACUACCUCUACAACUAGCACUACACCAUCGACAUCAUCGUCAUCGUCAUCAUCAUCAUCAUCUACAUCGGCAACACCAACACCAAUAUUCCAAAGUAUAUUACCAUCACCACUCUCACUUUCGCUCAAUGUCAAUAGCAAUAGCAAUAUAAAUCUACCACCUCAAAUUAGUCAUAAUCAUCACCAGCAUCAACAUCAGCGUCACAAUAACAAUAGCAAUAAUUCAACACCAUCACAUUCACCAUCACCACCUCCAGACGAAGCAUAUUUGUUUCCACAAUAUAAAAGUAUAAAUUCGCACAACAGUAAUAAUGUUGGCGUUGUUUCAACUUCCUCGAGAUCGAGAUCACCCUCACCACUGAAAUUAAGUUAUAACUAUGGUUCACAUCACAACCAUACACCAAUAAGCGAUAGGCAACUUCACGACACUGUACAUAAUCAACGCGAUGAAUUUGUUAAGGUCUACUGCAGAUUCCGUCCACACUCUCACUCGGAGGGACUGCUAGACAACCAGCAACAAACAGUAAAGAUAUCGAUCACCGACGAUAACCACGUUGUCCGUAUCAACAACGGCAAUACUCUGCAAUCGUUCCGCUUCACCGGAGUGUUGCCAACGAGCACCACUCAGGAGUCGGUGUUCCAGUCGGUCGCACUUCCGCUUGUGGACGACCUCCUCAACGGAUUCAACGUCGCCAUCAUUGUGUAUGGUGCAAGUGGCAGCGGAAAAUCAUAUACCAUUCAAGGCUAUCUGUCUUCGGAUUUCUUGGACAGUGGAAGUAGCAUCGGACUCGACAAGAGCAACGACGAUCUCCUCUGGGGAAUCGUGCCGAGAACUCUGCGGGAGCUCAUCAACAGGGGUGUCCGCGACAAGGAUAAAUUCAAGUCCAGCAUUAGAGUAUCGCUUUUCGAGGUUGUCCAAGAGCGAGUUCACGACGUCUUGGCGAACGGCAAGGAUUUGGAGCUGCGUUUGUCGGACCAGGGAUUCUUGGCGCCCGAUGCACUGACACUCCAACUCGACUCACACGAGACAAUUGUACAGCUCCUAAACACAGCGAAUCAAUCGCGCUCCAAAGGACAUCUGUUGUUCUUGGUAACUGUUACUCGUGAGAAUCUAGAUACAAAGGAGACGACCAGUAGUUUGUUGUAUAUGGUGGAUUUGAGUGGCUCGGAGAUUGCCGACACCAACUCUGUCAACAAGUCGCUCUAUGCACUGGGCGGUGUCAUCGAGGACAUUGCACGACGAUCGAAACACGUUCGCUAUCGUGACAGUAAACUAACACAGCUUCUACAGAACUGUCUAGGUGGUAACUCUAAGACCUGUCUGCUUGUCAAUUGUUCGAGUUGCGAGCACGAAUCGGCGAUUCGCGAUACCCUCGCCAGUCUUAACUUUGGCGAGAGAACACAAUCCGUUAGAAAUCAACCGUUUAUGAAUCAUGAACUGAAUAAAGAUCAAUUGAAACUGGUCGUUCAACAGAUGCGUUCGGAAAUGACACUGCUAAAGUCGGUCAUUGACAGCAGCGCUGGCAACGGCAACAACGCAAGUGGCGUGGGAAUCUCCAACCAACUACUCAAGAUGCAGCUUACCAUUGAGGAAUCGAAACGCGCAGAAUCAAAGCUACAAGAUGAAGUCACCAAGAUGGAGAUAAAGGAGCGUGAGUAUAUCAAGGAGUUGACAGACGCGCGACAGCAAGCAAAGAACCGCGCGUCCGAAAGUGAGCGCGUUGACCGCGAGUCGCGCGCACUCCAAGCGCAACUCAGCGAACUCCGCAGCAGCAAAUCGCUCGAGUUGGAACGACUCUCACAGAGUGUCGACGAGUGGAAGAUCAAACAACGCGUCGAAGUAGAAUUCCCUGCGAUUGCUCAAAUCGUUAAUAAUCAAUCACAAACCAUAACAACAACAUUGGAAUCUAUAAAUAAUAAUAUAUCGAUAACAUCAUCAUCAUCAUCUUCAACUUCAACUACAUCUUCAAAUUCAAAUUCAAACUCUACAACCAAUAGCAACAAUGAAACAGGUGAAAUAAUGAAUACUGUAAAGAGAAUCGAAGAUAUAUUUGAAAAGCUAACUGAACAACAACAGGAGCAGAGCACCAAUAUACAAUCGUUUUUCUCCAACUUUGACUCCAACACCUUCUCAACUUCAUUGAUGAGCGAAUUGGAUGAGAAGCAACUUGAACAAUAUAAAUUAUUAUUAAAUAAUAAUAAUAAUAACAACAAAAAUGAUAAUGAACAAUCUUCAUCGUCGUCUACAACACAAAAUCAACAACAACAACAAUUAACAACAACAUCACCUAAAAAAGGAUCUUUAGUUUUAUUAUUUUGUAAAUUAAUACAUAUUAAUAAUAAUAUUGAUGUUAGAUUAGAGAGAGAAACAAAUAUUAAAUAUUUAUCUAUUUGUUUUUAA